CAUUGAUACAGGCAACUGUCGUCUCAUAUUAUUUUAUCUAUAUUCUCAUAUGAAGUGCAAUAUAAUGUAUUAAUAAUUACUGAAACACACUAUGCUCUUUUGGGUUUCCCCACGGUUUUUUUCCCAAGAGCUAAGGGGAGGUUCAUGUUACGGUGGUCAAUAUUAGCAAAAUUACAACCUGUCAUAUCGCAGACGAGAUCAUGAGGAACACAUGAGAAGAUACGUGAAAUAUGUACUACAAAGGCCAUCUUUCAGAGCUUAUUCGGUUCCGCAGAAGGGGACAGAACUCAACCACGCAACAUAAAAUUGGACAGAUAAUGAACAGAAACAAUCAAAAAAAUUGGAUGUACAAUCCAAAUCAAAAUGAGGAUAUGAGAAAAAGAGAAAUGUUUGGACAGAACGAGAAAGAUGAUAAAGACUAUCAAAUUAAGGAUUUGUAUGGACCGAAAAUAACCGACUCUGACGGUGCACUUUUAGAUGAACAUGACAGCUUUUACAUAACAACCAAAAGUUUACUGGUUCUCUUCCAAAUCAUGGGUAUCAUGCCCAUAAUGAGGGUACCGAGAGAGGCAAAAACUACGAAAAGAACAACAUACGAUUGGAUAUCAAAAGCUACUCUGUGGGCCUACCUGGUGUGGGGCCUGGAAUGCAUAAUAGUAGUCAAAGUGGGAAGGGAACGCUUAACAAAUUUCCAACAGAGUUCUUAUAAACGAUUCGACGAAAUUAUCUACAACAUCAUCUUUUUGAGCAUCCUUAUACCCCAUUUCCUGCUUCCGAUAGCUUCCUGGCGGCACGGGCCACAAGUUGCUAUAUUCAAAAAUAUGUGGACACAUUAUCAGUUGAAAUAUCUCAAAAUAACGGGCACUCCUAUAAUAUUUCCAAAUCUUUAUUAUCUGACAUGGGGACUAUGUGUUUUCUCAUGGGGCCUCAGUUUCACCGUAGUUUUAUCUCAACACUACUUACAAGAUGAUUUCGAGUUAUGGCACUCGUUCGCAUAUUACCAUAUCAUUGCGAUGUUGGACGGCUUUUGCUCACUAUGGUACAUUAACUGCAACGCAUUCAGUACUGCAUCUCAUGGUCUGGCAACGAAUCUACACAAAGCGUUAGAAGCAGAUUAUCCAGCUCUGAAACUUGCACAAUACCGGCAUUUAUGGGUAGAUCUGUCACAUAUGAUGCAACAAUUGGGUCGUGCAUACUCAAAUAUGUACGGAAUUUACUGUAUGGUUAUCUUCUUCACAACCACUAUAUCGCUUUACGGUGCGUUAACAGAGAUAUUGGAGCACGGCCUUAGUUAUAAAGAGAUGGGUCUCUUUGUCAUAGUCGGGUACUGCAUGACCUUACUGUUUAUUAUAUGUAAUGAGGCAUAUCAUGCUUCGAGAAAGGUGGGUUUAGAAUUCCAAGUUCGCCUUUUGAACGUGAAUCUCGGAGCCAUCGACCGUAGCACGCAACGGGAAGUAGAAAUGUUUCUUGUUGCGAUUGCUAAGAAUCCGCCCAUUAUGAAUCUGGAUGGCUUUACAAAUAUUAAUCGAGAACUUUUUACCGCUAAUAUAUCUUUCAUGUCAACUUACCUGAUUGUCCUGAUGCAAUUCAAGUUGACUCUUUUAAGGCAAAGUGCGCGACGAGCUCUAAGAACUAUCGUGUCGGCUGUCUUUAGCACUAACGCUACAAUGAUCGAUGAUGACGAAGACGAUGAUGAUGACGAUGAGGAAUAAAUUAUAUCACUUUAUGUUGAAAUACUACUAUGUAAAAUGUAUUCAAUACACAUUUCUUAGUUGAUGUGACGUCAUGAACAAUAUUUCUUUGAUUUCACCAAAAUAACUGUAUAACUAUGUACAUAAUAAAUUUUACUGUAAUUAA